UUACAAAAUUCAACCCUCACUUAGAAUGUCAUUUCAAUUUAACAAAUUCUGUAAAACUUCUAUCUUUAACGGAAGCCAGUAAAUGCAAUUGGGCACAAAAUGCUUUGUGGUGCAAGGAUUCGGCCCCAACACUUGCCACGCCCACCCUUGUGGCGUUUAAGAAUCAUCCGGGGCUACUCAAAAAAUGGCAAGAAGAACGAGGAUCCAAAUGUCCUAAACCGGUUGGGCACCAGUCCCCGGAAUAUUCGCGAUCACCCCGAAGGAUGUACACCGCAAAGUUUGAAAACGACUGCCUUCAUUUCCCCGGAUUUUAUACCGCCAUCCACUUAUCGCAUUGUAGAAGAAGAGGAGCAACUAGGACCUAAGGCUGCCAAAAAUGAGACCUACAAGAAUCCAGAGUACUUUAGCUACUAUCGUUACUCUUACUACGACCUCAAAACCAUCGUCGAUACCAUUAAAAAGAAACAAGCAUCCAAAAACUGAAAAUAAAAACCCUAUAUUUGAAAAGCUCACAGCAAAAGUAUUAUAAAAUGU